CACUCGUGCACUUCCCAUCUCUUGUUCAACCCAUCGCUCCUCUCUCUUCGAUGCCUGAUAGAAUCACAGUCGCUGCACUCUCCUGCCAUCUCGCUCACGGUGUCGGUCCCUCCGCUUUCGGCCUCACCCCGCCUCCUCCCUGUCCAAUCGAGCUCGAGCUCGACAUCGACCUCCUCCCCACUGUCGUCCCACACUGCGUCGACGAGGACGACAUGCGGGGACUUGGCGUGAAUUACUCAUCUGUGUCCAAGGCUGUGUAUGCAGCCGUGGCUGACCCCGCUCGCGUCUGGCCCAAUCCUUCGGCAAUCUUGCGAGAAGCCGCCAUCGUCGCCCUCAGGCUACCGGCUGUCGCCGGCGUCACGGUCCGCGCACGCCUCCCCCGCGCCCUCCUCCAGGCUCAGUCCGCAGACUACACCCAAUACUUCCCCCGUGUUACAUCGCCAGCAUCCAUGCCUCCUCCAACAUGCACGAUUCGAGACCUGCGCGUAGCUUGUGUCAUCGGGCUGCAUUCGCACGAACGAGCGGAGCGGCAGCGGCUCGAGGCGGACAUCACUGUCGACGGGUAUGAGCCAAAGGGAUGGAGCCACCGAGAUCUGGCGGAUCAGGCAUUUACAUGGCUGGAGAAGUCCGAGUUUGGCACUCUCGAGUCGCUCGUCGACUCGUUCGCCCGGCACCUUCUGUCCUUGCCCAUGCUGUCAGCCCCCGACGCUCGCGUCGACGUAACGCUCCGCAAACCUUCGGCGCUUCCAUUCGCGACGCCCGUCAUCCGCGCCUCGCGUACUGCCGCAUCGUUCACAAAGCGUGGCGGCGUUUACCCUGUCGGCACUCGCUUCCAUUCCACAAUGGCCGCAAUUAAGGCCGAGCCGCCCCGAGUUUUCAUCGCGGUUGGCUCCAACCUAGGCGACCGCGUAGGCUACGUACGACGCGCCGUACGUCUCCUUCAGGAGGGUGGGUGCAGGCUGGUGGACACCAGCCGGCUCUACGAAAGCGAGCCGAUGUAUGAAGAGAACCAAGAGCGGUUCCUCAACGGCGCCAUCGAGAUCCAAACGUCUCUCAAGCCGCUUGAGCUUUUGCGGCUGCUGAAGCAGACUGAGCUCGAGGUCGGGCGCACCAAGACGUAUCGUAACGGACCACGGGUCAUUGACCUGGAUCUCAUCGCCUACGGCGACGAAGUGGUGCACAUCGGCGAGCCAGGAGACGAGCCGGACGAGGACGGCGUCGGAUGGCUCACAGUACCUCACGCCUCGCUUGCUGAGCGCGAGUUUGUGCUCCGCCCACUGGCAGACAUCGCGGCCGACUUCACCCCUCCGGGCCUCUUGCCCAUCUCCGAGCUCCUAGCUCGCGCCCCACCUGGCGGCCUCGAGCCCGUCAUCCCCUUCCCCUACCCGGCGCGCCCUCUGCGCCUCACAACCCCCUCAACGCCCGCCAUCAUGGCGAUCUUCAACGCGACCCCCGACUCCUUCUCCGACGGACACGCAUCACGCACGGAAACGACGCACGCGCUGCGCGCCUGCGAAAGCAUGAUGGCGCAGCCGAACCCGCCGGCCAUAAUCGACAUCGGGGGCAUGUCGACGCGCCCGAACUCGGAGCCAUGCACGGCGGAGGAGGAGCUGUCGCGCGUCAUCCCGCUGCUCGAAGCGGCGCGCGCGAGCCGCGCGCUCGCGACCGUGCCGCUCUCAGUGGACACGUACCGCGCGUCCGUGGCGUGCGCGGCCGCGUCCGCCGGCGCGAGCUGCAUCAACGAUGUGCGUGGCGGCCGCGAGCCCGGCAUGCUGGCAGCAAUGGCGGAGGCCGACAUGCCCGUCGUGCUCAUGCACAGCCGCGGCGACGCGGUGAGCAUGCUCGCCCCCGCGAGCCAGACGUACGCCGCCGGCGUGCUCGCCGGCGUGCGGGCCGAGCUCGCCGCCUCUGUGGCGGCCGCGAAAGCCGCCGGCGUGAAGCGCUGGGAUAUCGUGCUGGAUCCCGGGCUCGGGUUCGCCAAGUCGCACGACGACCACCUCCGCCUCCUCCGCGACAUAGGGGCGCUCGCAACGCACGAGCUGGCCGGAUACGCACUCCUCGUCGGCGCGAGCCGCAAGGGUUUCGUUGGCCGCGUGACCGGACGCAGGGUGCCGGCGGAGCGCGGCGCCGGCGACGCCGCCGUCAACGCCCUCUGCGCUAUGAGCGGCGCCGUCGACGUCCUCCGCGUACAUGAGCCGCAGGCGGCGGCUGAGACCGUCAUGAUGGCCGUAGCCGUCCGCGACGUCAAGUAAUGCAUGCAUGAGUAUGGGCUAUGCGUCAGGUGCGAGCUUUCCCUUCUGUCAGCACUGGAGGCGCAGGGCUUACAGAUCCGCUCGGCGCUGUGGCAGAUGCACUCGACGCCGGUGUUGCAGGGGCGCAGCGCGCCGCCGCCGUAGGCGAAGCACACCCAGUGGCAGGACUCGGCUGUCCACAGUCGGCAGCCGCGGCUGCGGGAGUCGCUUGGGGUCGGCGCCGCAGUAGCCAGAGUGAAGAGAAGGAUGAGUGGGAGGAGUUUCAUCUUGUGAGAAGAUUGUGAGCAGUACGCAACUGUUCAGCAUUAUAUGCGGCAUCCGACAUGGGAACGAUUAGAUUUGGGUUACAGUUGGGUUCACUGAGGCUUGCGGGCAAAACUGUGUCGGGCCGAGCUUAUCGUCAAGGUUGGGCAUCUCCCGAGCAAAUAUGUCUCAAUCUGGUCAUGGAACACGCAAUGCCAAAGCUUC